AGUUACAACUCUACGACCAACAGAGUGAGGGGGGAAAAACUAAUCGGCAACCUAGAAAAAAAUCAGUGUCGGCAGUGGAGAGUUAAUUAAACCCUGAACUGUGGGGAAGAAGAAACUUUUUUUGUGGGAGGUUUUAAAGGAUGAGAGAUUUUGUGCAGCGGCACGCGCGUGUAAAUCUCUGUUUACAUUUUCACUGAGAUUGUUUCAGUUAUUCAGGCGACAUGAUGAACCAUUGUUGUGUUAAACGACCCCGGAGCGACUUUCCUCAGUGUUUCUGUUUGUACUAAUGUACCCGAGUAGUAUUUUCCCAGCCUCACUGCGGAUCUGUGUGGUUAUUUUCGCUCUCUUGCUGUCGGUGAGUGUGUGUUCAGAGCUGAAAGUGCGCGUGCGGUUAAAUGAUGGUCAGAUAACUGCAGAGACUUUAGAGUCGGACAGCGAGCAGGACAUCAUCAGUGUAGAGUUCAGGCACACAGACGGCACUCUCAUCACCUUCCUGGCAGAUUUCAAGCGGCAUGUGAAGAUCCUGCGGGCGCUGGUGCUGGGGGAACCAGAGCGGGGCCAGACACAGUACCAGGGCCUCUGUUUCAUCAGCAGGCUAGAACAUGGAGAGAUCAUCCCAAGUGAGGCCAUGGUCAGACUGAGACAGAAAAACCCUCAUGUGGUGCGGACUGCCGAGGAGAAGCGUGGUCUAGAGCGGUUGAGCAUGAACAUGGCGGUGAAUCUGACUCUAUCCUGGCAUCUCAGCUCCCACAUCCGCAGCCUGUGCCGCGACGCUCAAGACUUCAUCUACACACGGGAGCAGGACGUCAAAUACUGGCUAGAAAAGGGUGUGGAAGGCUCCAUAUUCAAAGUGUUCCCCCAGAAUGUCGAGACUACAGGCCUGCCGAGUUGCAGCGCUACUACGGAUCCGUGGCAGCCGUGCUUGUGUAGCUACACCCUGAGGCUGGAAUGGUACCCGUGCAUGCUGAAAUACUGCCGUGGCCACGGGUCGAGCCCGUACAAGUGCGGGAUCAGGAGCUGCAGCAAGGCUUACCGCUUCGACUUCUACACGUCACGCAAGCAGCUGUGCAUGUGGGACGAGGAGAGCUAACAGUGCCACUGUAUACAGAUUACUAAUAACGUAACGAGUAGGAGUGUUAUGCUAAAGGUUUGUGAAAAAUUAAGCUGGGUAGCGAUGAGGUGCCUUAAAAUAGGUCUUAAUAUUAAAAUGAUUCUGAAGUGUUACUUUAACUUUUCUUCAUUCAGGAGCACAUGUAUAUUAUCAUCACAAUAUGUUUUUAGACUCCAGUAUCUUCAGGUUUGCCUGAAAGGACAGAUAUUUUGACUUGAGCCAUCAAGCCAGGUCAUUAUGUUUAUUUCCGCUGUCACUACAGUGUAGCCUCAAGGCAGAAGGUCACAUGACUGAUAGGCUCAUAGGUUAAAUUCUCCCCUGGGAAAGAGGUGUUUGCUUGGAUUCUGCGUGAAUUCAUUGUUGACAUUGUAAACAUCACAUAUUUUGUGUUAACGUUUAUUAGUAACUUUCUAUGUCUUUAAUGGGAAGAACAUGUAUAGUGGAAUUUAUUAAUCGUCCACGGUAGUUAUUUUUAUUUUGUGUAUAUUAUUAGUGUUAAACACUCAUUGGCCACUGUAUUAGGAACACAUACAUGUACACCUGCAAAUUUAUGCAAUUAUCUAAUCAGCCGCACAAUAGAUAAAAAACAUGCAGAUACAGGUCAAGAGCCUCAGUUAGUGUUCAUAUCAAACAUGAGAAUGAGGGGAAAUGAGAUCUAAGUAACACUGACUGUGGCAUGGUUACUGGUACCAAACGGCUUUUUUGAGUAUUUCAGAAACUGCUUAUCUCCUGGGAUUUUCAAGCACAACAGCCAAUAGAGUUUAUACAGAAUGCUGCAGAAACAUCCAGUGGGUGGCAAGAAAUGCCUUGUUGAUGAGAGUGGUCAGAAGUGAAUGACCAGAUGGGUUUGAGCUGACACAAAGGCUAUAGUAUCUCAAAGAACCACUCUUUACUCUUAACUGUGGUGAGCAGAAAAGCAUCUCCAAACACACACCAUGUCAAACCUUGAGGCAGACAGGCUACAACAGCAGAAGACCACAUCGAGUUCCACUCCUGUCAGCCAAGAACAAGAAUCUGAGGCUACUGUGGGCACAGACUCACUCAAACUACACAGUUUUUUUAUGUGCUCAUUAACUGAAGCUCUUGCCCUGUAUCUGAAUUAUUUUAAAAAUCAUGCAUUGUACUGCUGCCACACGAUUGGCUGAUUGGAUAAUUGCGUGAAUGAUCAGCUGUACAGGUGUUCCUAUUAAACUGGUUGGUGAGUGUAUAUUAUAUGACUUCAGUAUCUGGAAUUUUCUUAAAUAUUCAACUGUAGUAAUAUCUGGUGAUAUUAUUUUGUUUUAUCUACAUGUAGACCAGAAGUAUUGUUACAUUUUAAAGGUACAAGUGUUCUCAUUUUGUCAUUUUGACAACUACAUCUUAGAGUAAUUUACACGUAAACUCUACACUAAACUGUGACUCUUUUACACAGUAAACUCACAGGCCUGUUCGAAUGGUACUUUUUUAUGUUGAGGUUUAGACGUGAAAUAUGUUCAGUCUUACGAACAAAACAAGAGCUACACUGGCAGCUAAGACACGUUUUUGUGUUGUCUAUUUAUUGCUAAUAUAUUCAAGUGAUGCCAAAUGUGCUGCUCACACUCACCAUAACCCUGACUAAUUAUCUCAUUUCCAUUUCAAUAACCUCAUUACUAUGAACGCAUACACUGUGGUGGGCAGAUGAACCUUUUACACAAUGCAAUAUUAUCAUCAUGUUGGGGACUUUUUAGGAAUUUUACCUAACAGAUUGCACCACAAUAUGGCACUGUUAUAGGAUUUUAACUGUGCUAAGUAUUUUCAUAUAUAGAAAGCUAUGUGUUUACAUGUUUUUAAUGCAAAAAAUAAUAUGUGUAUGUUGGUAGCUUGUGAUCUGAAAAUGCACAUUCUCAGGUUUCUCUUUCUUGCUGGAUAUGAUGAUUAUACUGACACUUACAGUCUUACAGUGUUGUGGAUGUGACUUUUAAAGCAUGUUUCAGUUUGACUUUUCUUUUACAAUAAGCCAAAUGUGAGGAUAGUUGAACAGCAUGUAUAACUAAUGACGUAUGCCAGUGUAAAUAAAGAUAAAAAUAAACUUUAUAUUUCAGUAUGUUAACAAUCUUCUAU